CAGCAGAACAUACAGCAAAAUGCUGUGGAGCAGCAGGAAGCCAUAUUGAUCUGAUGCCUGUUUCAGCUGGGAAUUUCUAUCCAUGAGGCAAAAGGUAGGAAUGUACUAGUAGCCCUUUUCCUUGACACAUGGAGUGCACAUUCUACUGCAGCCCCGCUGUUUUGCAAAAAGAGCUGAGUCGGCGGUUUUCGCAGGAUCAGAAUUGUUCAGGAUGUUUGCUUAGCCCCAAAGCUGCACCACCCUUGCAUCAGCAUGGCACCUCUUUUCUCAGACACAAGUUACACAGAAAGCCCUGCUUCAGAUUAGUGGGGACUUGUCAGCUCACAGCAAAUGGCCAAGGCGCCAGUGAGCAAGUGGAGACACGAGGUCUGGAGCAAGAAGCACAGAAGUAUGAAAGUCCCUCCUUCCUUCCAAGCCGCCAGCAGCUCAACAUGCCCCCCCGUGACGAGCGGGUUUCUUACACCCGCAUCCAGGGGCUCAGCACGUUCCCCCCCGAACGGCUCUACGACAAAGUCGUGAUGGUCCGCUGUGACUGGAACGUAGAGAUAGGCGUCCAUGAGGUCAAAGGAAAGGUGUUCCGAGAUGAUACACGAAUGAAAGCUUCGGUGCCAACUCUUCAGUACUUAGCGGGGGCCGGGGCACGGGUGGUUGUUGUUAGCGAGUAUGGGACUCCGAGCAAGGGGCAAAGGAUGCAGCAUUCUUUGAAAGUGCUGGCAGAGAGACUGGCGUCGGAUCUCGGCCAAGAGGUUAUGAUGGCUGGCGACUGCAUCGGCGCUGGGGUCGAGCGGGAUAUUGACGCGCUCCGGCCUGGACAGAUCUUGGUCCUGGAGAACGUGCGCUUCUAUAAGGAGGAGAAGGCCAACGAUCUCGUCUUCGCUCAAAAGCUCGCCUUUCGAGUCGACGUCUUCGUAAACGACGCCCUGGGGCCUUGUAGCCAGGCGACCGCCUCUGUUUCUGGGGUUCCCGUCUUCGUGGGGCGGAGAAUUGCGGGUCUCCAGCUCGAGAAGGAGCUUCGCUACUUGAACUCACUGACGUCCUCCGCAGCAAGGCCCCUGCUUGCGAUCGUUGGUGGAGGCAAGCUGUCGACCCGGUUCCCUCUUCUCAAGUCCCUCAUCGCCCACCAAAAGUGCGACGCCAUACUCCUUGGCUCCGCUCUUUCAGCUCCGUUCCUUCGGGCCCUGGGCUGGAGGACGGGCGGAACCCCAACGGAAGCGGGCUCAACGGAAAGGGCGACGGAGCUGCUCGAGUUGGCAGAGAAAGAAGGGGUGGAGCUUGUUUUUCCCGACGACGUGGUUUGCGGCGAGGCGCAGGUGCAUAGCGCCAAAGUGAAAAUAUGCACUGCGCGGCACGUUCUGCACGAGUGGUCAGCUAUGGACAUCGGCCCUCAGACGAUCGACCAUUAUGCGCGACGUCUACGAAAAGCGAAAACCGUCUUGUGGGUGGGCGCCGUCGGCUUCUCCGACCGGAAGUCGUUCGCCAACGGAACGCUGUCGCUGGCAGAAAUCGUCUCGGACCUAACUUGGGCGGGGACAUGCACCAGCAUCGUGCACGGAAAAGACGUCGAAAAGGCGCUCAAGUCUGUGCGCGGGAAAGUCUCGCACGUGGCCCUGGGGGGGUCUGCUACGGUGACUCUACUGACGGGGGGAGCGCUUCCUGGAUUAGCAGCACUGGACGAGGAGCCCACGGGCCCACCAGACUGGACAAGCGUCUUCAGGGAUCCGACGGCCUCGUUGACCGUCGACGUUGGCUGUGGAGACGGCGGCUUCUUGCUGGAGCUGUCCGGCAAAGGGUCCGGAAACUUUCUCGGACUGGACCUCUUCGGACACCUGGUGGACGCCGCAAACGCGCGUGCGCAACGUGAGGGCCGGCAGAACCUGUACUACGUGGCAGCCAACGCGACGACAUCCCUGGGACCCAUGCUGAGCACGUAUCCCGGCGCCUUACAGCUGGUGACGAUCCAAUGUCCCACGCCCCAGUUCGAGGCACGUGGCCUCGGACGAUUGGUUCUGCGGCAGCCCCUGGUGGAGGCGAUUACUGAAAAAUUGGUUACGGGGGGACGGUUAUUCGUCCAGUCCGACGUCAACGACGUUGCAAGCAGCAUGCUAGAAGAGAUCCAGAAGCACGGCAGGGGACGCCUUGUUAAUGAUGAGGGUUUUCAGGGGCCUGGAAGCAGUCCGUUGACUCUAUCCUCGUGGAAGAUCAACCCGUUCGGUAUACCCACUCAAUGGGAGACGCACGCCUUGUCCAAAGGACGCGACAUGUUUCGUCUAAUGUAUCGGAAACAUUGACAUUGACGUUGACUGUAUGAAGGGAUGUUUUUGCUCUCACUUCUCGAUAACGAGACUCGUCAGGUGCUCCUUAAGUACAGACGGUCCUUCCAACAGUUGCUCAUCUG